AUGAGUUCACCCCUUCGUCAAAGCACAUCCGCUGCAAACCGCGGCUUAGGAAAUCUGAGUCGGCGGAAGCGCUCCAGAGAGCCCGAUGACGAUGCCUCAUCCGUGGUCCCCCCUUCGAGUCCCCCCCCUUCGUCCCCUCCUAUGCUGCCCUUCGACGAGGACGAGGACGAGCGAGACGAGGAAGCAGAACUAGACAUUGACGACAUUGAGGAGAUGGCUGAGGAUGAAGAUGGCAUUGACCUUUUCGGAGACACAUUUGAGAGAGAUUAUCGGAGUGGAAAAGACGAUCGCUACCGCGGACGAUAUAUUGACGAUGACGAGCAAGAGGAACUUGAUGUUGGCGCUCGACGUGCGUUGGAGGCUCAGAUGGACCGAAGAGACCGUGCAUUUGAUCAACGUCGCCGAAUGCCAGCAGCCUUCCUCCAAGACGACGAGGACGGCGAUAUCGAUUUGACUGCGCAGCCACGUCGUCGCAGGCACGCCUAUGACGAGGACCGCGAUGAUAUUGAGAUGGCCGACGACGGCCUCGAAGAGCUUUCUUUGGAGGAGCUGGUUGACAUCAAAUCGUCCAACAUCACAGACUGGGUGACGCAGCCUCAAGUGCUGCGCUCUAUCUACCGAGAAUUCAAGGCCUUCUUGACAGAAUUUACUGACCCCACCGGUAGCUCCGUCUACGGAAACAAGAUCAAGACCCUCGGUGAGGUCAACUCUGCUUCGUUGGAGGUUUCAUACACCCACUUGAGCAGCACCAAGGCUGUUCUUGGCUACUUCCUUGCCAACGAACCCACCGAAGUGCUCAAGGUGUUUGACCAGGUCGCUCUGGAUGUUACCCUGUUCCACUACCCCCAAUACCACGACAUUCAUAACGAGAUCCAUGUCCGAAUCACCGACCUCCCCAUCGUUUACACCCUCCGCCAACUGCGUCAGUCUCAUCUAAACUGUCUUGUUCGUGUCAGUGGAGUCGUCACCCGCCGGACGGGUGUCUUCCCACAGCUCAAAUAUGUCAUGUUCACCUGCCAGAAGUGUAACAUGACGUUGGGUCCCUACCAGCAGGAGAGCAGCUCCGAAGUGAAGGUCACAAUGUGCCAGAAUUGUCAAUCACGCGGUCCAUUCACCGUCAAUUCCGAGAAGACAGUUUACCGCAACUACCAGAAAUUGACUCUGCAAGAAUCUCCCGGUUCAGUCCCCGCUGGUCGACUUCCCAGGCAACGAGAGGUGAUCCUGCUUGCAGAUCUCAUUGAUACGGCCAAGCCAGGAGAUGAGAUCGAAAUCACCGGUAUCUACCGCAACAGCUACGAUGCACAGCUUAACAAUAAGAACGGAUUCCCCGUCUUCGCGACAAUCAUCGAGGCCAAUCACGUUGUCAAGUCCCACGACCAGCAGGCUGGUUUCCACUUGACAGAAGAAGACGAGCGUGAGAUUCGCGCUCUGUCUCGCGACCCCGACAUUGUUGAGAAGAUCAUCCGCUCUAUCGCCCCUAGUAUCUACGGCCACCAAGACGUCAAGACAGCUGUUGCCCUUUCUCUCUUCGGUGGAGUCCGUAAGGAAGCACAGGGCAAGAUGUCGAUUCGUGGAGAUAUCAACGUCCUCCUUCUCGGUGACCCCGGUACCGCCAAAUCCCAGAUUCUCAAGUACGUCGAAAAGUCCGCCCACCGUGCCGUCUUUGCCACCGGUCAAGGAGCCAGUGCCGUUGGUUUGACGGCCAGUGUUCGUCGCGACCCAUUGACCAGCGAAUGGACCCUUGAAGGAGGCGCCCUCGUCCUCGCGGACCGCGGCACCUGCCUUAUUGAUGAGUUCGACAAGAUGAACGACCAAGACCGCACAUCCAUCCACGAAGCCAUGGAACAGCAAACCAUCUCCAUCUCAAAGGCCGGUAUCGUCACAACCCUCCAAGCCCGCUGCGCUGUCGUUGCCGCUGCCAACCCUAUCGGCGGCCGUUACAACAGCAGCGCGCCAUUCUCCGAGAACGUGCAGCUCACCGAGCCCAUUCUCUCACGUUUCGAUAUCCUCUGUGUCGUCCGCGACCUCGUCGACCCCUCCGAAGACGAGCGCCUCGCGAGCUUCGUCAUUGAGUCUCACCACCGCGCGAACCCCACGAAGCCUCUGCGAGAUGAAAACGGCGACCUCAUCAACGUUGAUGGAGAGCGGGUCGACGAGGAUGGAUACCGCAUCGAUAACGAAGGAAACCGUCUCCCGCUCCGCCCAGAUGAAUCCGGCUCCCGGGACACGGCUAUGGGCGACGACGACGAGAAGGAAGGCGAGAUCCCCCAGGAGCUUCUGCGGAAGUACAUCCUCUACGCACGGGAACACUGCCACCCCAAACUCUACCAGAUCGACCAGGACAAGGUCGCGCGUCUCUUCGCGGACAUGCGCCGCGAGUCUCUUGCUACCGGUGCCUACCCGAUUACUGUCCGUCACCUCGAAGCCAUCAUGCGUAUCGCAGAAGCAUUCUGCAAGAUGCGCUUGUCCGAGUACUGUUCCUCCCAGGACAUCGACCGCGCCAUCGCCGUGACCGUCGACUCCUUCAUCGGCAGCCAGAAGGUCAGCGCGAAGCGCGCUCUUUCAAGGGCCUUCGCCAAAUACACCCUCUCCCGCCCAAAACCGCAGUCAAAGCGACGAGCUGGCAUCGCCGCACCUGCUUCCUUUGAGAGGAGGUCGCAGGCGGCGAGGUAG